UCCACCUCUAUAUAUAGUCCAGCUAGGACAGCUGCGUAGACGGUGCGCGACCCAGCAGGAAGGCAGGGAGUGAGUGCGGAGAGAAGGCCACGCACCAUGGCGUUGGGCUUGGAGCAGGCGGAGGAGCAGCGGCUGUACCAGCAGACGCUCCUGCAGGACGGGCUCAAGGACAUGCUGGACCACGGCAAGUUCCUCGACUGCGUGGUGCGGGUGGGUGAGCGCGAGUUCCCAUGCCACCGCCUGGUGCUGGCUGCCUGCAGCCCCUACUUCCGGGCGCGCUUCCUGGCCGAGCCCGAGCGCGCGGGCGAGCUGCGCCUGGAGGAGGUGUCCCCCGACGUGGUAGCCCAGGUGCUACACUACCUGUACACGUCAGAGAUCGCGCUGGACGAGGCAAGCGUGCAGGACCUGUUCGCCGCGGCGCACCGCUUCCAGAUCCCAUCCAUCUUCACCAUCUGCGUGUCCUUCCUGCAGAAGCGUCUGUGCCUCGCCAACUGCCUGGCGGUCUUCCGCCUAGGCCUCCUGCUCGACUGCGCGCGCCUUGCCGUCGCCGCCCGCGACUUCAUCUGCGCGCGCUUCUCGCUGGUGGCCCGCGACGCCGACUUCCUCGGGCUCUCGGCUGACGAGCUCAUCGCCAUCAUCUCCAGCGAUGGCCUCAACGUGGAGAAGGAGGAGGCCGUGUUCGAGGCGGUGAUGAGAUGGGCGAGCAGCGGCGACGCCGAGGGGCAGGCCGAGCGCCAGCGCUCGCUGCCCACCGUCUUCGAGAGCGUGCGUUGCCGCCUGCUGCCGCGCGCCUUCCUAGAGUGCCGCGUGGAGCGCCACCCUCUCGUGCGUGCCCAGCCCGAGCUGCUGCGCAAGGUGCAGAUGGUGAAGGAUGCACACGAGGGCCGCAUCACCGUGCUGCGCAAGAAGAAGGAGAAGGGGAAGGAGGCAGCGGGGGCCAAGGCCACUGACAAGGGCACAGCGGAAGCCAAGGCAGAGGAGGAUGAAGAGGAGGCCGAGCGCGUCCUACCCGGGAUCCUCAAUGACACCCUGCGCUUUGGCAUGUUCCUACAGGACCUCAUCUUCAUGAUCAGUGAGGAGGGUGCCGUGGCCUAUGACCCGGCAGCCAACGAGUGUUACUGUGCCACCCUCUCCACCCAGAUCCCCAAGAACCACGUCAGUCUAGUGACCAAGGAGAACCAGGUCUUCGUGGCUGGGGGCCUUUUCUACAAUGAGGACAACAAAGAGGACCCCAUGAGUGCUUACUUCUUGCAGUUUGACCACCUGGACUCAGAGUGGCUGGGGAUGCCGCCGCUGCCCUCGCCGCGCUGCCUCUUCGGCCUGGGAGAGGCUCUUAACUCCAUCUACGUGGUCGGCGGCCGAGAGCUCAAGGACGACGAGCGCAGCCUGGACUCGGUCAUGUGCUACGACAGGCUGUCGUUCAAAUGGGGCGAAUCGGACCCGCUGCCUUAUGCCGUGUACGGCCACUCUGUGCUCUCCCAUAUGGACCUCGUCUACGUCAUUGGCGGCAAAGGUAGCGACAGGAAGUGCCUGAACAAGAUGUGCGUCUAUGACCCUAAGAAGUUCGAGUGGAGGGAGCUGGCCCCCAUGAAGACUGCCCGCUCACUCUUCGGGGCCACCAUCCAUGAUGGCCGUAUUUUUGUGGCUGCUGGAGUCACAGACACAGGGCUGACCAGUUCAGCUGAGGUGUACAACAUCGUGGACAACAAGUGGGCGCCCUUUGAGGCCUUCCCACAAGAGCGCAGCUCGCUCAGCCUGGUCAGCCUGGCGGGCACGCUCUAUGCCAUCGGCGGCUUUGCCACACUGGAGACUGAGUCCGGGGAGCUGGUUCCCACAGAGCUCAACGACAUCUGGAGGUACAAUGAGGAUGAGAAGAAGUGGAACGGGGUCCUGCGGGAGAUCGCCUAUGCCGCCGGCGCCACCUUCCUGCCUGUACGGCUCAACGUGCUGCGCCUGACCAAGCUGUGACCCGCCCAGAGGACCUGACUGCGUGCCCCCCCCGUGCUGCAGCCCACACAGGCCCGGCCUUCUGGGAUCGGGGCUCCAGGGAGGAUUCUGGGAGAGGCAAAGCCCACCUGUAUCCCAUCCCGUCAUAGUGCCCAAGGGGCCGCUUCAGCCAGGAAAGGGAAAUCGCUGCCUGGAGCUAGCCUUUCGGGCAGGGACGAGAAACUUUUGGCCUCUCCGGUGUCUCCAUAUCCCCCGUGUUCUUGGUCCAUGAGGCAGAACCUCGGGGGGUGUCAGGCUGCAUCCUGGCCCAGCCCCGGCCUGGCUGUGUGUGCCCGUAAACUCCCCACAGAACUCAGUCUCCUCGCCUGUCAGAUGGGGAGGGUCCCCAUCGAGUGCACCUUGCAGCCUGGGUAAGUCUCCUGUAAGAAGAAUAAAGUGCCUUCCCAGCAA